UAAUGGCUAUCUAUAAUUAACUUUAUUGAUUAAUAAAUGGCGGAUAAUUAUCAGUCGCAAAUUCGCAAUCCAACCGAAUUUGAAGGUGUUUUAUAGGAAGUGCUACUUUUAAUAUUUUUUUAAUACUGUGACAAAAAGAUUCUUGGAUCGUUUAUUUAGUUACUCGUGAGUAGCGAUUAGUAACUUCUUAAAAUGGCGCCUUAAUUAAUUGGGAUAGUUUUUAGUCUAUGGUUUUGGUGACAAUGACAAAGGAAGCGCACGCUACAGCCCAGAAAUUCCGUAAAAAACGCUUGGACAAAGACACCUGAGUCAUCUUCAGAAUGCUGCUAAUACUACUUAUGCUUCUCUCGGCCCAGCCAGCCUUCCCUAGUGGGGGCUUACACCUAGGGGGGGUGGUGAAACACGUGGACCAGGACUGCCUGACAGGAUCUAUGACGGACGUACAGUCCUGGGUCGGUCCUGACGGUCACCUGUUGAUGGACGUCGAUCUUUUCAAAAAUGGCAUCGACCUAGCUGGACUCUCGGAUCCAGAUGUAAAACUUCGGUUUUUUCUUCAAGAGAACCCUAAUCAUACGUUCAGGUACAUCAGCAUGGCGAGAUGCAAACUUAGGUCGGUGCCUUAUUUGUAUGGAAACUGCAGCAGAGUGACUGGCACUCUGCAGUACCUGUCUCUGUACGGGAACCACUUCGAUAGCGACGAUGACGGCGAAGAGCUCAGGGUCACGAUCACGAGCGAGGUCAUCCACAAUGGCACUCUCCAGAAACAUUCCGUUGUCAAUACGACAAAACCAGAUCCCAACAAAGUUCCCCAUUGGUAUAGUGGCUUCGAGACGGCUAACCUCACCGGCCUUUUGGAGCUCGACCUACGGGCAUGCUCCAUCCGGUACAUAAAAAAUGAUACCUUCUCCAGAAUGGUCAGCCUGCGCGCCUUGUAUCUGUCAGAAAACCGAAUCCAUAAAAUUGAGCCGUCCGCAUUCCAAGGAAUGCUGAGACUCGUCCAUUUGGACCUGAGCAGAAAUGCGGCAUCGACUGCUAUAACUUGGGGUCUGAACGUCUUCACAGGACUUGCUAGCCUUCUAUCUCUAGACCUUUCGUUUGCAGACCUGUCACAAGAUCUAGCGUUUGCAGACAUGUCAGGUCAGACAAUGAUGCUCGGCCACGUUAAGCCUAGAAUCUUUGGGUCUAGAUUGAAAACGCUAUCCAUAUGCAACACCCACCUACGCAGUAUACAAGGGCUCACAGAAGUAUUCGGAGAGUUGGAAAACCUGGAUGUGUCUGGUAACGUAGGCAUCCUCGAUGAUGUAGACUCUCUGACAAAAGCACAGAAGUCACUGAAGGUUGUUUACGCUAACGACGUCGGACUGCAUUCACUUGAUGUUUUCGUUAACUUUACCAGUCUAGUAAUCGUCAAGGCGACAAAGAAUUACGUCGAGGACAUCGGAAAUGAAACGGCGAUGUCUUUCCGGAAUCUGAAAGUGUUGGACCUAGAUCAUAAUCGCAUGAAAGGUUGGACUCAAAGCACAUUCUCCCUGAUGCCAAAUUUGGAUGUUCUUUUGCUGAAAAGUAACCAAGUCACCAUGAUCCAGGAAGAGAUGUUGCAAGAUAUUGCCAAUGUCUCUUACAUUGGAAUUAAAGACAACUUCGUUAUAUGCAGCUGUUCCGUCCGGGACUUCCUGGAUAUUGCAAUAAGGAAUGACGUGGAAAAAAAAUUCCAUUCUAAACCGUUAUUUCCAACCAUUUAUACUUCGCAGGAGUUCCACAGAGCUUACGAUGAAUACUCCAGACUGGUUCAUAAUCGAAAACCUUUGAAAAUCGAAUGCGACAACGAACCUUGUGAGAUUAAAGAGCCAAGUAUCGAUGGCAAGUUUGUGAUUCUCGAUUAUGAGAAUGAAUCUACUGAUUACCAAUGUUAUUCGCUGGCGGAUUACAGGCAAAUCCCGUUUUUGAUGAACACUCCAUGUUCGCACCACAGGGGUGGUGAUUAUCUAGAUACGAUUGAAGAUACUUCACAGUUGGUUGUUCUCAUGGUGUGUCUAGCUCUUUUGGCUGCGACAAUUGGGAUUGCUGUGAUAUUUAGGAAGAGGAUCAUAUAUUUCUGCGUAACUGUCAAGAAUUCAGCAUUAUUAAGCUCUAUGACCACUGCUAACGGUUUCCAAGAAUCCUCCACGUACCACUACGACGUGUUCGUCUCGUACUGCAACGAGGACCGGCCCUGGGUGCUGGACCACCUGCUGCCGCACGUGGAGAAGCACUGCAACGUCAGCGUGUGUCUGCACGAGAGGGACUUCCUGGUGGGCCUGUCAAUUUUGGAGAACAUAGUGUCGUGCAUGGACCGCUCCAAGUCCAUCCUGCUGGUCAUCUCCCAGAGGUUCCUUCUGUCGCAGUGGUGCCAGUUCGAAAUGCAUUUGGCACAGCACAGACUCUUGGAGACUCGUCGUGAGGACCUGAUCCUGGUGCUUCUGGAGGACAUCCCGCGGCCGAUGAGACCCAACACCCUGCACUACCUCAUGCUGACCAAGACCUACGUGCUCUGGCCCAAGGAGAAGGCGGAGCGACGGGUAUUCUGGCGACGGCUUCAGAAGUGCAUCGUUUUGCAGAAGUUGAGGAAAAAUGAAACGGAGUCUUUGGCAUAAUUUUAUUAACUUUCUUGUGAGUGUAAAACAGUGUGUAAGUACUAUACUAGAGCCACUAAAAUUGGGCCAACCAUCUCAUCAGACCUCUCGUUCAUACUUUAUGUCCACGUUCCGAGAGGUCUGAUAAGAUGGUAAGUAGGUACGCACGUUUGUAACGGCUCAAGUAUAGGUUUUGCAAGCUAGACAUUUCAGUAGCGUUUUUACUUGCGGAAAUUAUUAUUAAUUCAUUAAACAACACGCGCUGAUAAAGAUACUAUAAUUUAAAUGGCGGCGCUUAUAUAAGUGAGAGUAGAACAGGGCUACUGAGUGAUUUUCAUAUUGUUAUUAGAGAUAAAACAUAGAACCCUAAAGGUUUUUAAGUUAUAGGAAGAGAUUUCUUUAAGCAAUGAGCCAUAAGUCAAUCGUUUUGUAAUAAUUGUUUAAUGUUUAAUAGGUAUGUACCCAGGAUUCUGUGCAAAGUAUUGUAAAUAAAAUAUGUAAGACUUUUAA